ACAGACUAUAGAUCAAGUGAAAUGAACCGGGGUCGAAACGAAAUUUGAAAUAGUGGUGUGUCGUGCCAAUGUCCUUUGUUGCAUAAGCCUUUACCGACAAUUGUUUAAACUUGUAAUCCUUGUAUAACUUGGCAAGCAAAAUGUUAAAAAGUAAUACUCGUAAAAAAAAAAAAAAAAAAAAUCUAUCUACAUUCUCAAGUCUCAACCUUCUCUUCCGAUCUUCAGCCACCCUCCCGCCACCUCUCCUCUCCAAAUUCCCCGCAUUUUUCUCUUCAAUUUUCAUCUUUAACAAUAAUUUAAGCUUCUUAAAUACACUCUAAUUUCUAGGGUUUUUCUCUCUCCUAUAUCCUCCGAUCUACUCAUCUUCUUUCGCAUCAUUCAUCAAUUCUUAAUGAAAUUGAGAUGUUUGAUUAGGGAUUGAAGAAAAAUUGGGGAGGGAUUAGGUGGGAGGGGAUCAAAUGGGGUUUAGUUUGAGGAGUUGGAGUGGGAGAAAGGAGCAAAAUGAAGGGGAGAAAGAACGAACAGCUGUAUAUUUGAAUGUAUAUGAUCUAACCCCUGUUAAUGAUUAUUUAUAUUGGGUUGGUCUUGGUGUUUUUCACUCUGGAAUUGAAGUACAUGGCAUGGAGUACGGUUAUGGAGCUCAUGAGUAUCCUACUAGUGGUGUGUUUGAGGUGGAACCAAGGAGCUGCCCUGGAUUCAUAUUCAGAAAGGCUAUACCUCUCGGCAGCACAGACAUGUCACGGACAGAAUUUCGAUCGUUCAUGCAGGGCCUUGCCUCAAAGUAUCAUGGGGACGCAUAUCACUUGAUUGCUAAAAACUGUAACCAUUUUACUGAUGAGGUCUGUUUGCAUCUCACUGGGAGAUCUAUUCCUGGAUGGAUUAAUCGACUCGCUCGUGUAGCUGCAGGUUCGUACUUCAAUUGCCUUUUGCCAGAAAAUAUUCAAAUAGCAGCUGUUCAACAGCAUCCUGAUCACAUUGCAUGCUCAGAGAAUGGAUCUGGCUCUCCAUCGUCAUCUGCAUCAAUUGACAGUGAAGAGGAGGUGGAUGAUCCUGAACAUCAUUUGCUGACUACUCCUUCAGCAGAUGUAGCAUUUUUGCAGGCGAAACCAGUUAGAAUCACCAGAGAGAUGGUGUAGAAUUUUUUUGUCCCCCUUUAUUCACCCUCGAUUUCAAAAUCUGUCUUAGGUGUUAUAUGUUGUAAAAUUAAUCUAUGCUCGCAAAUGUACCAUAGAACAUAUAUACACUCAUUUGAUUGUUUGUGUAACCUCGUAAGAUAAUGUGCUCUAUUAUGCUACGAGGAUGAUAGGUAUUCAUGCCUUCCGCAUCUGCAUCUAAAAUUCUAAAUAGGUUACUUACUAGCAAGACUCCCAUUGUAAAAUAUCCUUGUACUAGAACUUAUGGGAUCAAAAGUCUUUCAUGAAUACAUGAAUGAUUUUAAAGUCUUUCAA